AUGUCUGACAAGCUCUUCUUUACAAAAAAAAGUAAAUCUGAUGAAUUAUUAGAUUCUUGUUGUCCCAAACUAUCCUAUAAAUAAAGACUGAUAGGUUUCAUUGUAUGUAGUGCGAUAGGUUGGAUAAUCUCUAUAUUAGCUAUGGGCGUUUUCUUUAGUAGAAACAAAGAUAUUGCAUUUUUCGCAGUACUUUAUACCCUCGGAAAUAUAGUCUGCAUCAUGGGUACAUGUUUUCUUUCAGGACCUAAAUCUUAGGUGAAAGCUAUGAAACAUAAAUCUCGUAUUAUCACUACAAUUGUUUUCAUAUUAUCUAUGGCAGGAACUUUAGUAUUCGCCCUAGCUGUUAAAAUUAUACCUUUAUGUAUUGCUUUCAUAGUUCUCCAAUUCCUCUCCUAUAUAUGGUAUACUUUGAGUUUUAUACCUUUUGGACAAAGAAUAGUAAAGAAAGUUUGCUGCUCUUGCUGUGAUCCUGAGUCUUAAAGCUCUUGA